GGGGCUGGGGGUUGAGAAUACGGAGUGAGUGGAAAAAUAAAAGUCUGUAGAAAGAGAAAAAAAAACGUGGUUCCAUACUCAGAUUGAGAGUUUUUCAUGCGAUGUUUUGACUGCUGCAAUGACGAUGUGGAAGAUUCGACCAUUGCAACAUUUUAAUGCGGCUAAACUGAUUAGCUAAAGAAUUAUAACAAGGCAUUCCCCCACUAUCAGCACGACGGACUCAAAGUUCAACGCCAUGCAGUGCUGACGAGUGGGUUUAUACCAAGCUAGAGCAACAUUCGUCUCUACGGUUUGUGAAAAAGAAAAUACAAAAUAAAGUUAGGAGCUCAGAAGUAACUAGGGAACAGUAGGGGGCCUGGGGGGUUAGAGCGCAUGAGAACAGAGGGGUUUAGGCUAAGCUUAGAAACGGAAAAGUUUUCAAGCCAGCGAGGAAUUUUUCGAUUUUAAUUUGUCAAGAACAACGAAGGCUGGGUGUCCAAUACCACGCUAACUAACAACCAAACGGGAAACUUUCUGAAUUGACCAGAGUCACCAUGAAAACCCCCGGGGACACGGGGUUUGCCUUCCCCGACUGGGCCUACAAACCCGAGUCGAGCCCCGGCUCGCGACAGAUUCAGCUCUGGUGCUUCAUCCUGGAGCUGCUGCGGAAGGAGGAGUACCAUGAAGUCAUCGCUUGGCAGGGCGACUACGGAGAGUUUGUCAUCAAGGACCCCGAAGAGGUGGCCCGACUGUGGGGUGCCCGCAAGUGCAAACCGCAGAUGAACUACGACAAGCUGAGCAGAGCGCUUAGAUAUUACUACAACAAGAGAAUCCUCCACAAGACCAAAGGGAAGAGGUUCACCUACAAGUUCAACUUCAACAAGCUGGUGCUGGUCAACUACCCCUUCAUCGACAUGGGCUCUGGUAGGGGAGUCCCCCAGAGCGCCCCUCCCGUGCCGACCGGGGGCAGCCACUUCCGCUUCCCCCCCUCCACCCCGUCCGAAGUGCUCUCCCCCAAUGAGGACCUGCGCAGCCCGGGCGUGUUCAGCAGCGUGGCCCGCCGUAUGGGCCGCGGCUCUGUCUCCGACUGCAGCGAUGGCACCUCCACCAAUUCUGAGCUGGAGGAAGGCGUGGGGGGUGAAGAUCGUGGCGGCGUGGGCCCCGAACGGGCGUUCCGCGGCCUCCUCCACCCCCGCCUCUCCCAUGACUCGCUGUUUCGUGCCUAUGGGGGACCCGGCGGGCUAGGCCGUCCCCCGCCCGGCCACAGGGUCCACGGUGACCCCAUGUCUCCGUUCCCUGUGUCCCCACUGCCGGGCCCUGGGGGCCUCCUGGGGUCCACUCUGUCCCCAGCCCUGUCCAUGACCCCUGGCUCCCACCUGCCCUACACCCCGUCCCCCUCCCUCAGCCCCAUGCUGGGCUCCCACUUCUCCUUCAACCCGGACGACAUGAAGCGCUACCUGCAGGCCCACCACCAGAGUGUCUACAACUACCACCUCAGCCCCAGAGCCUUCUUCCACUACCCCAACAUCGUGGUCCCCCAGCCCCACAGGCCUUCUGCCGCCCCUGACAAGCCCAUAACAGCCCACCACCAUGCCCCGCCCAUGCCCCACUCCCAUUCGCUGCACCACCAUCAAGGGGAGGAGCAGCACCCCUCGCCCUUCAAGUUCAAGCUGCAGCCGCCUCCACUGGGGCGUAAACAGAGGGACUGCUCCGCCUCCUCUACCGGUGGGUCCUCCUCCAGCCUAGGCUCCUCCUACGCUGCUUUAGGGCUGCUCUCUAACUCCUCCUCAGUGGGCCCUCCCAAAAUCAAGGUGGAGCCCGUCUCUGACAUUGAGUCCGAUGAGGAAGUGGAGGUGACCGACAUCAGCGAGGAGGACGAGCUGCUCGACGACUACGAGGGCGACGUCUUCACCCCCCCUCAUCCCACCAACGGAACCGCCCCUACCGCCAUUACCAACCUGGGUGCCAUCGCCGCUGACGACCUGGAUGAGGAUGUGUUCAAGACCCCCGCCGCCCCUCCCAUGGGCCCUCUGACUCCCUCCCUGCUGGGCCUCAAGAGCGAGCCAGGCCAGGGACCUCCCAUCAGCCCCGGCGGCACCCUCUGUAUCCCCCUCAAGCUGCGCUUCAAACGCCGCUGGAGCGAGGACCAGAAGAUGGAGGCCUAUGGCGAGCGCGAGGAGGCCGAGGAUAAGAAAGUGCGGGCGGAGAAGGAGGUGGUGGAGGAGCCGGCAAGGAGGGAGUCAGAGAAUGGGGAGGGGCCAAGGAGAAGCCCGUCCAUGAGUCUGGGGGCUCCUCCGGCCCAGCGCAGGGCCAGCUCCGAGCUGCAGAGAGCCACAGCCCAGCUGUCUCUGGAGAACCACGGAGCAUGUUGAGGCAGGGAUACACACACACACACAGAGAGAGAGAGACGAUCUCAUGCCCAUACCUACAUACACACUCGCUCAUAUAACCAAGCUUACGCAUAUACACAAGUGCCUGUGCGGAAGGCUUUUUUUACUCUCAUUUUGAACUGAUUUAAUAGUGAACAUUAACACACAGCUCAACAUGCUGUGACUGAGAAACUAAGGCUGGCCAUUAGAUAUCCCCUCUAAACGGGCCUAGUUCCAGGAUCCAUCCCUUAGACCUGUACGCUGCCUUAAGGUGCCUCCAUCUCCCCUCAACAUCUCCUCCCAGUAACGCCCUUAGCUCCUUAGCCUUUUAUGUUGCAUCAAAACAGAUGGGAAAGAGUCCCUUCAGACCCACUCUCCCAGAAGAACCUUAAUAUUGCUGACACUGGGGGGGGGGGUGACAUCACGACAAUGCCUUCUACCUUCAACAGACUUGAAAAGAGAUUACAGAAGUGCUUGUCUUGACGGGGACCGCCUACCAACUCUUGUCAACUGUUCCAUCACCUUUUAUGACUGGGAAGGGAUCUCAGGAUUCAAAACAGAGACCUCCUUGUCCGCGUAUGUCAGACCUCUUCGACAGGGACAGACUUAAGACUGAAUUUGUCUGAGUGAGCCCUCCUUUUCACCAGACGCUCUUUGAUAAUCGUCUCUCCCCAGACUUGAGCAUAGGGACAAAAACCAUAAUGGCGUGCAGAUCUAUAGAGGACGUGGACGGACUGACUGGAGACCCCCCCCCCUUGUCUCUUAUGGCCUUCCUGUCACUCAAGUGUUGAUUGACACCUACCAUGGCAACAAUGCAGUACCCAACCCAACCAGGCCUUAAUGGACAGCUUUUGGGGACCCUACAAGACUUUUGCACAAUCUUCUAAGAAGAGCGGAUCGAGGAAAUGGGUAGUUAGUCCGCGCUUGAAAUGUUGUUGAAAUAUUAUCUUAAAGGUCUCCUUUCCCCUCGUUUAAGCCGCUCCUGUUUCUCCCAUAGAGGGUGCCUCAAAAAACAAAAAAAAAGGACCGUAUUUGGGGAGAUGCGGUGGGGCAUUUGCAGUGAACGGAGGGUUAGAAGUACCUCUGUAUAUACAAUGUUCUUGAACCGAGACUGAAAUUAAUAGAUUUUCCCCUCCCGCCCCAAGAAAGUAUACCAUGAAUGCGAGUACCGAGGUGAUAUCAGGCAACUUCACAAAGCCUUUUUAGUGACAUUUGAACUUUGCCCGUUUUAAUGAACAAACCGGACAAAUUGAGAUUGUGCCUUUUUUUUAAACUGACAGGUGACUUAAAGGAAUUACCCCUGCCAAAUAAUGUGCUCACACUCUCCCACACACAGACACAAUGUUGUUCCCUGGCGUUCACACUCGUGUAAAAAAAAAAAAAUCUCAUUGUUAACUCACAUGGUACCUCCCCACAAACACACACACACACACACACUUCUGUAGAAGCCUCAAGAGCAUACCGUACUGAAAUGAGUUGGUGUGGCGUGGGAACAGACCGCAUACACUGAUUGCCACUUUGCCUUAUUUGUUUUAUACCAUUUAAGAAACAGAUGCUGAAUAACUUAAACCAAUACUACACAUUUUAUUUGAAUAUAUUAAAUACAAAUGUUAUAUUUCCAAAAAACGUAUAAUUUGAUUAUGAAUCAGGAAUUGUAAUGGUAACUAUAUGUUGGGCAUAUAUGAGGGAGCCCUCUUCUCUCCUUGCCCCUCUUGACUGUGGAACUGCAUUGAAAAGGGUCCUUGUGCAAGAGGAAUCGGAACACGGUUCUGUUUGUACUAUAAAAACAAGUAUUCUGUUUAGGGGUUGAAGGAUGGUGAGUGUAAAGGGACAGUAAAUGAACAAAUAAUGGAGAAAUGUUAGAUCUUGGACCCUGAACCUCAGCUUUUACGACCAGGCUCACCCCUUCUCGACAUCCCAAAUGCUCCUGGGAACACAGGGACUAGAGGUCUACUGAACCUGCCUUUUGUCUUGGACCAUGAACUAUACUAGGAGAAUGCAUCAGCAACACUCCACCACCUGUGUGUACACAUGUGAGGUAGACCUGGUCUGCUGAGAGGGGUGGAAAUGCGUAAAUGCGGCUAACCUAGAGUAAAAGGAAGGUGACAUCACUAGCGACAUGAUUUCCCACCCCCGUACUAGUCCCUCUGGCUUUGUAGACGCUUAACCAGAGAAACCACCACCGCCCAAGCAGGAUAUGACAUCACAAAACCUCGGAGAGGGACUUCCCGUAAUCUGAGAAAACGCUUUGCAGGUGCCAUCUACUGUGUAUAUGCCCCUCCAGCUGGGUAACAUAACAAGAUCCAGGCCAAAAUAAGACUUGCCCAGAGUUUGUUCAUAGCGCUAGUGUGGCGUGAGUGGGUGUCUAAGCAGCUGUUGGUGUUGCCUUAAGGCGUCCGCAUGCUUCCCAGCAGAAACCGUUCAGAAGAGUUUGUGGAUUUAUUAUGCUAACAUUUUGUUACAUUUUGGACUUCGGUAAGGUUUUUUCGGCUGUUUGGGCACAUUAUAUUUUUUCUAGAAGGAAACCGACGUCAGUAGCUGAAGUCUAUGCCCCUUCGGUGAUUGGUCAACAGUAUGGAUUCUUCAAUAAAGUCUUAGUUGUCAUUCAAGGAGAGACGACUCAUUUUCAUGCACAUUUUUUUUUGUUUAGAAAUACUGCACCCACUUAGUUAGGUUUAAAAUUGCGCGACUAAGAUCUUCUCUGCAAAAACUUCAAUUAAUUACAUAUUUCUUGAGUUAUUCUGACUACUUUGAGGAAGUGUAUACUGGCUACGGCAUCUCAAAAUGGACAAACCGUACUAUUGCCACUUUUUUUUCUUGUUUUUCAAGCGAAUGUCUUUAAGGGAGUUUUGCGAACACAGUCAUUCGGUUCGGGACCAGUCAAACAGAAGCAUGCUGAUGCCUUUAGCCACCCAGCUAGUCUUUUGUCCCACCUUGCAUUGUAACUGACAGCUGCCUUAAUUGUUGCUUAGAAAGAAACAUUAAAUCACCAUUUUUUCCCUACUAUACUUUUCCCUCAAUAUCAUCAUUGCUGUUUAUUUUUCAAAAUAUAUUAUUACUGUCAUUAUUAUUAUUAUUAUUAUUAUUAUUAUUAUUAUUAUUAUUAUUAACAUGAUUUACUAUUUGAUUAUUUUGUACCCUGGGCCUACCUCUUUUCCAUGGCUAUUUGAAUCUCUCAUGAGUUGUGUUUUAUUUUUCAGUAUGUAUUUUCCAAACAAUGACAACUCCUCCAUCUUACACUUAUCUGAACUAAAAUAGUAGUUAAAACUUCAACUAAGCUGGUUGUAUUUGUAAUUGUGGACACAUGGAAAAGAGGGGCUCACAUAAUCCUAUCACAUUACCUUCGUUUUGAAAUAUAUUUUUUGGUCUUGUGUAUAUAUAUUAUUUUUCACUUUUGGGAGGACUCUGUGAGGAAAAAGAUAUUGUAUUAUUUGAAAGGUGACCAUCUCUCUCCCUCUAACCUCCCUCUCUCUCUUCGUUCACUCUUCUCAGCGGUUAUUUAACACUCAAACUGAGAGAUGAGACUCCAUGCCUUGAGGAAGCAUACCUUCUGUUUCUCUUGUAUUUUUCACCCCUUAUUUGUAAUUAAAUUGUAAUCAGGGUUCAUUAAAACAGGUAAAAAUUGA